AUGGAGAACGAGGCUCCCGUCGGGGCCCGGGGAGCGGAGCGGGGCGGAGGCAGCUCCGCUCCCCGCUGGGCCCCCCCCGGGAACGGGCCCGUGGUGGUGACGGCAGCGACGAACGCGGCCUUCGAGGAGGAGCCCCCGCCCUACUCACCCCCGGGCCCCGGGAGCGCGCAGCUCCUGCACCCACCGCCCCCGGCCCUCGGGAGCGCGCAGCUCCCGCACCCACCGCCCCUCGGGAGCACGCAGCUCCCGCACCCGGUGCACCGGGGACCGGUUCUGUACCCGACGGGGCCGUUCCCACCCCAGGGCCUCCAGCCCCGCCUCCUGCUGGGUCACCCCUGGCCCCCCCCUCCAGGGUUUGUGGGGGGGGCACAGGGGGGUCAGGCGGCUCUAACCCCCUGCCCUGGGUCACAGCAUGAGGGGGCAGCGAGCACCGUGGGGCCCUCGGCCCUGCCCAAGGACUACGUGGUGGAGUCGGUGCUGGUGACCGUGUUCUGCUGCCUCCUCACCGGGCUCGGUGCCCUCAUCUACUCCCACGAGACCCGGGCUGCACUCGGCCGUGGGGACAUGGCCCAUGCGUAUGUGGCAUCCAGAAAGGCCCAAUCCCUGGUGCUCUUCAGCCUCCUCUUCGGGUUGUUCGCCUCCAUCAGCUGGGUCAUCUACGUCCUGGUGGUGCUGUACCUAUAA